GCCGCGGCUCUGGCUUCAAGCGACGACCCGGACAUGUGCUACCCGAACGCGGCGGUAGGCGACCGGGUCGUAUCUCGCGCCGCCCUCGACUCGGCGUUUGCAUCGCAUGCAGCCGCGCUCGCCGCCUGGGCCGACGCCAAUGUCCCGCUGGCUGCACUUUGCAUCCGCACAAUGGCGCCUGAAGUUAGCCGCCAGGCCGCGGCCGCCAUGGCCUACUCGGGCACCAAUCCGGUGUAUCUGCUGCCCGAGGCCGCCGCAUGGGUUGCCAGCCUCGGCGUCAACCACUUGGUCAUCGACCUGCCGUCGAUGGAUCGUGAGGAUGACGGCGGCGGCCUCCGCGCCCAUCGCGCGUUCUGGGGUGUCGAUGUGGAGUUUAACGGGCCCGCAGACGCUGCAACCCGCUGCCGCGCGACCAUUACCGAGAUGGCCUACUUUGGUACCGAGCUCACCGACAGAGUCUACGGGCUCUCGUUGGGCAUUGCACCCGUUACUCUGGACGCUGCCCCGUCGCGUCCGAUCUUCUUCGACCUUCCGUCGCCGCCAAGCGCUUAAGCGACUUUCAAGGCGCAUGCGUCACGGGUGCGGCAUCGACGACGCCGCGCCGUCGCCAGAGAUGGCGUCUGAUCCGUGGCGCGCGUCACCCAGGCCGUCGUUGUCAUCGUGCCCAUGGCCUCCGCCCCCACUCUCAUCGCCGUGCAUGCACUCUUCCCCAUGCACGUGUGCCCCCUCCUCGGCAUGCUUCCGCCGUGCAGCCUCGAUGGCCUUCUUCCGCCGCAUCCGAAUCUUCCUCAUCCGCGUCUCGUAGUCGUCCGACAUGUCUGACGAUGCCGAUUCAGACGAUGACUCUCCAAACGCCCGUGGCUUGUGAUACACACAGCAGACUGCCCCAUCCCCCGCCUUAAUGUGAGUCACUCUGCUCGACGUCGCCCACACCCCGACUUCUUCCCCUGCCUGACCACGUACUCUUCGA